GCGGUGCCGGGGCGGCGGGGGCGGGGAAGGAGCGCGCCGAGGCGGCUGCGGCAGUUGCGCGCUGGGAUUGCAGCCGUGCGGCGGGCUGAAUUCAGCAUACAAUUGAAAUAAAAUGACAACCUCCUGGAGUGAUCGGUUACAGAAUGCAGCUGAUAUGCCUGCUAACAUGGAUAAGCAUGCCCUGAAAAAGUAUCGGCGAGAAGCCUAUCAUCGAUUUUAUUUAUUUGUCAGAGAGAAGAGUGAGCGAGCACAAGCAGGGGGAACAGCAGGCAGAGAGAGAAGCAGGCUUCCCACUGAGGUGUUUGUGAACCGAAGUUUAGCCAUGGAAAAAAUAAAGUGUUUUGGUUUUGAUAUGGAUUAUACACUUGCUGUGUACAAGUCCCCGGAGUAUGAGUCCCUUGGCUUUGAGCUAACUGUGGAGAGAUUAGUUUCUAUUGGCUACCCUCAGGAACUGCUCAGCUUUGCUUAUGAUUCUGCAUUCCCUACCAGGGGACUUGUUUUUGAUACACUAUAUGGAAAUCUUUUGAAAGUUGAUGCCUAUGGAAACCUUUUGGUCUGUGCACAUGGAUUUAACUUCAUAAGAGGUUCUCAGGUAGCUGCUCAGAAGAGACCAGAAACUAGAGAGCAGUAUCCAAAUAAAUUUAUUCAACGAGAUGACACUGAAAGAUUUUACAUUCUGAACACACUAUUCAAUCUACCAGAGACCUACCUGUUGGCCUGCCUUGUAGAUUUUUUUACUAAUUGUCCUAGAUAUACCAGCUGUGAAACAGGAUUUAAAGAUGGGGACCUCUUCAUGUCUUACCGAAGUAUGUUCCAGGAUGUAAGAGAUGCUGUCGACUGGGUUCAUUACAAGGGCUCCCUUAAGGAAAAGACAGUUGAAAAUCUUGAGAAAUAUGUAGUCAAAGAUGGAAAACUGCCUUUGCUUCUGAGCCGAAUGAAGGAAGUAGGGAAAGUGUUCCUUGCCACCAACAGUGACUAUAAAUAUACAGAUAAAAUUAUGACUUACCUGUUUGAUUUCCCGCAUGGCCCCAAGCCUGGGAGUUCCCAUCGACCAUGGCAAUCCUACUUUGACCUGAUCUUGGUGGAUGCACGGAAGCCACUCUUCUUUGGAGAAGGCACAGUACUACGUCAGGUGGAUACUAAGACUGGCAAGCUGAAAAUUGGUACCUACACAGGCCCCUUACAGCAUGGCAUCGUCUACUCAGGAGGUUCAUCAGAUACAAUCUGUGAUCUGUUGGGAGCCAAGGGCAAGGACAUUUUGUAUAUUGGAGAUCACAUUUUUGGAGACAUUUUAAAAUCAAAGAAACGGCAAGGGUGGCGAACUUUCCUGGUGAUUCCUGAGCUUGCACAGGAGCUGCAUGUCUGGACUGAUAAGAGUGCACUUUUUGAAGAGCUUCAGAGCUUGGAUAUUUUCUUGGCUGAACUCUACAAGCAUCUUGACAGCAGCAGCAAUGAGCGCCCAGACAUUAGCUCCAUCCAGAGACGCAUCAAGAAAGUGACUCAUGACAUGGACAUGUGCUACGGGAUGAUGGGAAGCUUGUUUCGCAGCGGCUCCCGGCAGACCCUGUUUGCCAGUCAGGUGAUGCGGUAUGCCGAUCUCUAUGCAGCAUCUUUCAUCAACCUGCUCUACUAUCCCUUCAGCUACCUCUUUAGAGCUGCCCACGUCUUGAUGCCUCAUGAAUCAACAGUGGAACAUACACAUGUAGAUAUCAACGAGAUGGAGUCCCCUCUUGCCACCCGGAACCGCACCUCAGUUGAUUUCAAAGAUACCGACUACAAGCGGCACCAGUUGACCCGGUCGAUUAGUGAGAUUAAACCCCCCAACCUCUUCCCACUGGCCCCCCAGGAAAUUACACACUGCCAUGAUGAAGAUGAUGAUGAAGAGGAGGAAGAGGAAGAAGAAUAAGGAGGAAAACCAAAACUGAGCACCCAUUAAACAAGCCUGGCAGGACUCAGAGGAGCAAAGGAUGGGUUCUAGCGGUGGGUGGGGGAGCUCUAGCAAAGGUACAUCUGGAAAGUUUCUGAAGACUUUAAAAUAUUCUAAGUUUUGUUUGCACUCUUUGCAGAUGGUUCAAAUUGUAGUGGAGUCUGUACUGAAAGAAAGUAAGGGUAAAGCUGGGCUGAACGGCAUGCAGAUGGCUCCGUCGUGGCUUGUGACACUGUUUCCUUGUCUUGUUUCAUUCUCAGUAUGUAUUGGAUACACCCCGGGUGGGGCAGAGUCCCAGAGUGGAGCAAGGGUGAUGGGAAGAGGUGAUCCAAAAAUGUUACGUUACAAAUUGUGCUCUUACUCCAAAAUCCAUCCUGAAAUUUUCAGUGCAUUACACAUUAUUGUAUAUCAGUGGAGAAAUAUAUUGCUUCCAUUAUCAAAUGUAGUCUUCUGUUAAGGUCAAGGUUCCUUUUAUAAGCUCUGAAGUGUCCUCUGGGCAGACUGGGGGCUUCAGCGGCCUUGCACAAGUAUUUGGUUUGCUAUAGGGCUGGUCUGGAAUGCACUGCAGUGAUUCUGUUCUGAGGUACAAGUCUUCAUCUCUUCUUACAUUUUUUUGAUAGCAGAAAUGUUUCUUAUCAGAAACAAUUUUUUUUCUCAUCUGGGAUCAAUCUAUAGAAAGAGGGCAAAGGAGCAAGCCCCGUGAAAAGGAGGAAUCUCCUUCUUCCAUUAGAGCAUAACUGAGUGAAUUCCUUAGUGUGGGCCAGUGUGGCUCAUGCUAUCCAGAGUUCCAGCCUUCUCUAACCUCUAGGGUGGACGGCUGUAGUUCAAAGUCAAACUUUAGAGGAUGGGAAGAGGGCCCUGUAAGUCAGAACCUUAUUAGAACUGAAGGUACAAUCAUCAAUGGGAGUAAAUUCUGAAUCCCAAGAGAAAUCACUUCUUGUUGUUUUGAACAAGAAUGGAUCAUUACUGCGUACUUGAGGCUAUUAGACGGCCUCACAGUGCAGAAUGGCCUGCGGUAGUUCCAGUGGUAGUGGAGACUGGUACUUGACCCUCCCUCCGUACCUUCCUUCCGUUCUGCCUACUGGUGAACACGGAGGGUAGAUUAGCUGCUCUAGAAUUCAAUGAAGUGUAAUAUUUCUAAUCCUGACUCUGACCCCUUCCUGUAGCCUAACUGUAAUUAACUGUUGGUCUUCAGGUGGGUUUAAGUUUGGAUAGUGACAUCAGUUUGACAUUCUCUUAAAGGAAAUACAGUCUGGCAUGACUCAUGGUUCCAGUACUUAAAGAGGUCUCACAACUUUUCCAUGGGACGUUUUUUGGUACAGGACUAUGAGGUAAGGCUUUUUAAAAAUGAUUUUAUAGGAAGGGAACACAGUUCAGUAACAUAGCCAAGACCAUAUUACCUCAUCACUUUCAGUAUAUGAGCUUUACAUUAAGACUGGUAUCCCUUAGGAAUAUAUGCUACUUUAAAAGUAAUCAGGUUACUGGGGCACCUGGGUGGCUCAGUCAGUUGAGUGGCUACCUCUUUCCGGCUGAGAUCAUGAUAUCCAGCUGCAUGCUCAGCGGGGAGUCCACUUGAGAGUCUUUCCCUCUGCCCCUCCUCCCCACUUGCAUGUGCUCCCUCAAAUCCUAAAAAUAAAAAUAAUCAGGUUACAAAUAUUGCAAAUAGCACUUAAAUACUGUCCCCAUUUUAGAGAGUAUGUUUGUGGUCACCCCAGCUCUCACUCAAGAUGGGAGAUGUUGCCCAGUUUGACACAGUCUUAAAUUUGCUCAAAGCCAAAUAAUUUUGAAGGGACUUAUUUCAACUAUAGAGCCUAACUUCUAAUAGUACAUUUACAUAUUUUCCCUUUCAGAGCAAGGAUCAUCAUGAACACUUCGCUUUUAAUUUACCACACUUUUUUUUGUAUUGUGUUAUCUGCAUAAGAUCUUAUCUUUUUAAGAGUUUCUUUUUCUCCAGAUGUCUGACAGUGGAUCCAAAGAUCGAGGAGUAAAAAGCACACAAUUGGAAGAAGAAUUCCACUGCUGGUCAGAGCUUUCUUCAGGACCAUCAAAAUUAUUUUAAAGAGCUAGGAUUCCAUAAGCAUCUACGACCCAGAGCAGAGUGUUGCUUCUCUGCAUAUUAUUACUGUUAGAAGAGUGUGCUAGGGAAUUAGGUGGUCCAGGGGCAGAUGUAGUUGAGCUUGCUAAAACAUGAAAGUGAGUUUUUCUGUUGCCAACAGUUAAGGAAGCUGAACUUAAUGUUUUUGUUUUGAACUGAGGCAUGUUAGACUAUGAGAACACAGAUUUCCCAACUCUUCAAAAUCUCUUCCCUGGGCAUUUGAAAAGCACCAGACACCCCUUCUGGGGUGCUAGACUGAACUCCCAAUCUUAGGGCAUGUACAGGGUUGACAGGGACCCUACCACACCCAGCAGCUGGUCACAGGUGCAGCAGACCCCAGCGCUGCUGGGUUCCCUUCGUAAGAGGACUUGCCCCAUUCAUCUCUACAAAGAUGGUCAGUAUAUUUCGAAAAAUUAAAGCCAAGAAAGUUUAGUGUUCUGUUAGACCUUCAAUUUUCUCCUACCAUAAGCAUAGCUCUGCUGAGACCUAAAAUAAGAAAGCAGCCCUUCGAGCUACCCUUUCUAAGGUGCUUUUAGAAGUGGCUCUUAAUAGAACUAGAGUAACUUGGAGCUACAAAUCCUUUAGUCAUGUUACUGGUUUUAAGCAGCUACUUUAAAAAGCCACUUGCAGUGACAUGUCAGACUUAAAAGUACUUUGUUCAUGUUUAGAUAUUUCUAAAUCAGAUUUAUUUAUUCAAGAAAUAUUUUGUCAACAACUUUAAAGCCCUGCAGUUUUUCCAAGGCUGCCAGAGCAUUUAAAAAUACUCUUAUUCACCACAAAUAGCUCAAGACAAGUAAGUGCGUAUCUAAGUCUGCAUUAAGGGUGGGAGCCUUGUACACAUUCCCUGUUAUGGAAACUAUUUAACCUUUCUUUGAUGGUGGGAAAAAUGGUAACUAUGGGCCAGCUAUUGCCAUACCAUCAAUGGCCCAAUUCCUCACUUGGUUUAGAAGUUUAUAUCUCAAUACUUAGGUUUCUCAUGACAUUUUUAUCUUGGUGACUAGAGAAUAGGGCUCGUCUCAACGUUUUUUUUCUUAAAUGGAACAAUUUCAAAUGAUACACAACUUUGGGAGGCCCUUAGAAUGAAAUCUCUACCGUGGAGCUACCCAAGCAGCCUUAAAAAACAGAAGAAAAAUGACACACACACUACCAGCAAACAGCAGGGAGGCCAUACCCAGCAGCCAGGAAGCAGAGCCAGGUGACUUCCAGUAAAACCCACAGCAUCCCAUCCUCCACCUCCACUAACGUGACCAAGCAUUUCACACUGUUCUCUCACUGCUGAGUAGGUAGAAAGAGAAAGCAAGUCCUCUAGGAAAAGAAUGCAUUCGUUCACAGAAUCAACAACGCAUCUUUUUUCUGUAACCUGGCAACUCACCCAUUUCCCUGUUGUCAGACAAUAGCUCCAUCCCAAAGCCACAGCAGUCGGACUUGUUGCAACAAAGAUAGGCAAUUUCAAAAAUAAAAUACAUGCAGUAUUUUAAAGUUCCUCUGAAGACCUCUAGCACAAAAAAGUCUUCCCAGUGGAACACAGCAUUUUUUCUCAAGCUUGCUGACUCUGUUACUGUAAGUCUAAGUACUUUAUAUUUUCUAAUUUAAACCAGUUUUUGGUCUGGUCUGUGUUCCUUCCUACAAACUAAGAUCGCUUUGUUUCAUUUUAUUACUAGAAAAAAGGUGGAUUAGAUAUUAUUUCAUGAAUCAUAUUAAGCACAAAUAGGUCCCCAGAUGGUCUGCUCUCCCACUAAGCUCUUCCCAAAGCCAUGUCUGGCCGGGGCUACAGAGAAGGCCUGCAGAGUCUGGGCCAAGAUAAACCUCACCAUAGGCACUGGCCCAGGCGACGAGUGCACAUCCUUCCCAUGGAGAACAGCAACAGGCCUUCUGAGUCUCACAAGUUCCUGAGAUACUUGGAAGUAUAUGCCAAGCAAAACCUUUCCAACACUUAAGUAAAAAAAAAAAAAAAGUUUAUUAAAUAUCCAGUCCUUUUCUGAGGGUUCUCAUCUUUGACUUGUGGGUAUUGGUAUUUUGAAGCAAGUAACUUCAUUUUUGGACCCACUGCCCUCAAGUCAAUGAUGUAGCAGAAUUGUAGUAAGGAAGCCGGCUCAGUCUAAACAUUCCCGUCCUGCGUUGGCCUACUGUUUGAGCACUUCACAAUCCCGAAUCUCCCAGCAGGAAAAGCACUCUGACGACGAACUCCCACAACUUCCUCCUUGUAUCCUUAGGCCUUAGAGUCCUCCACCGGGGGAGACGGCAUGCCACUAGAAUGUCAGAGAAAGGGCCCCAUAAAGCAUUCCUUUGUUUUGGGAUGUGACAGUAUGAGCACA